AUGCCGAUAACUACUGUGGGUGUCGGUGCCGCAGUUACUCCAACUGUUGUCAAGACCUGUAUAUCGCAUUAUACGAAUCGCAAGCCGCGACGACACAAGCCCACUGCCCACAUUUCGUACGACGAAGGCCUCCAUCUAAUACGCCGAUUCCUCGAUUAUGCCUCGCACCACACCCUGGAAGACUUGCAAAGCUUCACGGGACAAUGGGUGCCGAGCCCGUCCUGGGUUAGGACUGAAAGUGUCACAAUCGACCAGGAACACAUAGACAAGUCGGCGAAGACCAUUGCGGACCAACUGGGCCCGACUGGCAUCGAACAAAUAGGAGGCACAAAAUGGUGGCAAUGGCGGUCAGGCGGAACCGACUUAAAGGCAGAAUGGAUCGAGAUGCGCGCCCACUACAAUGAGCAAAAGCGCAACGGGACCAAAAGCCGACGGAUCAUGCUGUACAUUCAUGGCGGUGCAUAUUUCUUUGGUAGUGUCGAUGAACACCGUUACCAGAUGCAGAGACAUGCUCGAAAACUGAAAGCCCGUGUAUUUGCGCCCAAGUACAGGCUCGCACCACAGUAUCCCUUCCCAUGUGGUCUUCAGGAUUGUCUAGCGGCGUAUCUGUACCUGCUGACUCUACAUGCGCCGUCCGAAAUCAUUCUAGCUGGAGACUCUGCAGGUGGUGGUAUGGUAGUGUCCAUACUGUGCCUACUCCGUGAUCAGGGGAUGCCUCUGCCUGCUGGUGCAGUGCUGAUAUCGCCUUGGGUCGAUUUGACGCAUUCUUUCCCAAGCUGUGCCGGAAAGGCUGACUUGGACUACAUUCCUGAUCACGGGUUCAUGCACAAACCGUCCGCUUCGUGGCCGCCUCCAAGCGACGAUGAACUAAUAAAGAUCAAUCAACUGGCGAAAGCCGGUGAUGGGUCGGUCGUAGAAGAUCCUAAGUCUUCUGGAGCCGAACCCCCGCCUUCAACCUCUCCGAUCCAGCACCAGGACACCAGCCCAAACAAUGCCGUUCCGACAAAAGGAGGUGGAGAGGUCUUGCCAGGGCCGCAGCUUCAACUUACAAUUGAGCUGGAUGGGAAAACAGUAGUCCUCAAGGACCAAAUACAGAUGUACACGACUAACCAAUUGCUGGCACACCCUCUCGUAUCACCUGUUUUGCAGCCUUCUUUAGGUGGGCUUCCUCCAGUAUCGAUCCUUACGGGCGGAGGAGAAAUUUUACGUGAUGAGCAGAUUUAUCUUGCUCACAAAAUGGCGAAUCCUGCAAAGCAUCCCCUUGGAAAACCUUACCGAUCACGAUACGACCCGGAUGACAGGAUCUUGAAGAUGUAUAGGCCGACACCGGUUCAAUUACAGGUGUGGGACGAUCUUUGCCAUGUUGCACCUACACUGUCUUUCACGCGGCCGGCGAAGUACAUGUACAGGUCGAUUGCUCAAUUUGGAGCUUGGGCCCUAGCAAGAGCCCAAAGGAGAGCAAUCGAAAUUCUGGAUGACGACAGCAUCUCAAUCAUUUCCACAGAGAGCGACUCUGCGUCUGCGGAUGGCGACUCGGAAGUGGUGCAAGGGAACAAGGUCGGUCUAGAUCCCAGCAAGACAAUAGGUUUUGUUGGUCGAGCAGGAGAGCCUCUUCCCCCAUUCCAGAACCACAUGCUGCGUCAACGGGUCGAUAGAAGUGGUAAGAUAUACCCUCUCUCUGAGCCACACGAUCUUCCUGCGCUUCAGAUGCACCCUGAUGAGGUAGGGGUGGUCAAGCAGGGCCCCGUGAGAAAGUGGCUUGAAGCUAGAAAGGUCUGGGAUGCCAAAUACGCACAUGUUAGUCGGAAGGUACAGAAAGAGCGGACCAGGGCUUUGGCUAACGGUGAGAUCAAACCUUUCGAAAGUGGAGAACGACCUCCUGCAUGCGCGCUUGCCAGUCGCCGAACGGACCGAGACCUUGUGGUCAAGAAGAAGCGUAAGAGCAACUUGUUGUUCAUGUGGUCAAUGUGGGGAAGCAAGCACGACGAGAUGACCCUCAAGCGAGAAGCAGAGGCCGAAGACAGCCAACCAGCUCAUCUCGACCGAGAAGUAUCUGCGACACCACCACAAGGUGUGGUGAUUGGGCACGUCGAAGGGACUCCAUUGGGACCCGAAGAGAAACCAGCAUCUUCGAGAGCUCGCAGUUCCACUGGUGGGAGGAGCAUGAGUUCGAAGCGCCGGGCUAGUGAGGGUCGUGGACGAGGUCGAGCACGAACUAUUUCGGUGGCUGAUAAAGGGCAAGUUGACAGUCAGCAUCUACCACCCGCUGUAGAAGAGUCACAACCAGCGGCACCGUCGAUGACUACUUCUGGGAAUCCUACAAUCCUCGCAACGACGACAUCUCUCGAGGCCCAUGACGGUCGAGCGCAAUCUCCUGUUUCCUCGCUGCUGUCAGCGGGGUUCAUUCCCAAGUUCAAGACGGCAUCUCAUCUGCGCGAUGACUCGGCCAGCAUAAAGACAGGCAAGAGUCUUGGUGUUGCGAGUGACGACGCGAGUACUCGAGCAUUAUUUGCUGAAGCAGGCGUUGCCUCGGAGAUCGACAAUGAGUCUACGGUGCUCGAUUCGAGAUCAGUAAGGCCCAGUGCAAGGCCGGGAAGUCCAUUGGCGAGCGACUUUGCAACCUGGACUCCAGGUGAUGAUGGCGAUGACGACGAGUUUAGGACGAAUGGCCAAGGCCCCCACGAUGGAUCAGACACACCCCGAAGCCAUCGGAGUCUCGAGCGUCUGCAGAGUCAUCAGCAAGAUGAAGGAAUGGGUCGAUUACAGCCUCUAAGGAGUCCUAGCUCGACUGCUGUCGUCAGAGCGGCCGGUGUCGUCGAUAUAGUACCCGCUGGUGAAGCCGACAAGAAUGGUUCCACAGCUAAAGGGGAGGAUAUACUGAACGGCACCGACACCAACGGCACAACCGACGUCGAGAAGGUGUCAAGACCAAAACUAUACGAUCGUGCCGACACGGCAUUCAAGACAGCCAUGGAAAACCCAGUGUAA